CGCUCAACUGCCCAGUCUACUAUUGCAGUCAGUGCGAUCAAACUUUCCGAUACUUUCGUUUAUACCCUGUACCUUGUUCAAUUUCUCCUCUCUCGACAGACCUACCUCAACAACUCCCUUAGUAGCGACGUAGUUUUUAUUUAUUUAUUUAUUUAUUUAUUAUUUUGUUUAUACAGUUUAUUUACUUAUGCAGGCUUUUGUAUGCGGUCGCGGUUAGACAAGCAUUACACGUUUAGUAUAAAUCGGAUCUGUAAUUAAACGCAGAUAUUGCACUAUAUAUUGUUCAUUGCCUUUGGCAGUAAAGAUGCAUACAACGCAGAAGGACACGACCUACACGAAGAUAUUUGUUGGGGGUCUUCCAUAUCACACUACGGACUCCAGCCUGAGGAAGUACUUUGAAGUUUUCGGGGAUAUCGAGGAGGCUGUUGUGAUCACUGACAGGCAGACGGGAAAGUCCAGGGGUUAUGGAUUUGUUACAAUGGCAGACCGAGCUUCAGCAGAGAGGGCCUGCAAGGAUCCCAACCCCAUUAUUGACGGCAGGAAGGCCAACGUUAACCUGGCCUACCUGGGGGCCAAGCCCAGAGUCCUUCAGUCGGGAUUCUCCUUUGCUGUUCCACGAAUCCAUUCGAGUUUCAUCCCAAGGACAUAUGGGGUGCCCACUCACUACGUUUACCCGCAGGCCUUGGUGCAGCCCAGCGUGGUGAUUCCCCACAUCCAGGCUGCGGCAGCGGGCACAGCCACGCCCUCCGCCACCUCGUCGUUCCUCGACUACGCCGGUGCCUAUGCGCAGUACUCCGCCGCCGCUGCCGCGGCCAUGGCGGGAGCCGCGUACGAGCAGUACCCCUACGCUGCCUCCCCUGCACCGGUUGGGUUCACCGCUGCCGGUUACGGGUUCGCCUCCCAGCAGCCCCUGGCCACUGCUGCCACCACCCCAGGUCCGGCCUCCAUGGCGUUUGCCCAGUACCAGCCCCAGACGCUGCAGGCUGACCACAUGCAGUAGCUGUGGGUGACCAGCAGAGGGUGUCAGAAGGGUCUGGCAUCUGCGUUACACUGUGACACAAUCUGGAGGGACUCGUGUUGACUGGGAGAAUCUCUAAAAUAUACAGCAGUGACCCAGGAAGGACUUGGAAACUAUGAAAAAUAAGUCCUUUACAUUAUUACUGACAUUGUUUUGUAUGAUAAAUUAUUCAUUUGUAUAGGGAAGAGAAAGAAAGGCUGUAGUUAGAAUGUGCUUCUAGGCGUGAGAGCUUUAACAGUUAGACACGGAUGAUUAUGUUGGCAGGCUCUGUUUGGUAUUUAUCAUGUCUGAAAAUCCUCUUUUACUGCUGUCGGUGUGUUCAGAUUAUUGGGUAUUUUUCAGUAAUUUUUAAACUGCCCGGUGCAUCCGGGGAAUUGCAUAAAUGGAUGCAACAACACAGGAAGGGAUGAACAUUGCUGUUCGUUUCUGCUGACGGAACUACUACUCUUGUGCUUAAUCUAUGCAAAGCUUGACUUCAGGAGAACCUGAGGACCCUUUGUAAGAAAUGUCUGAAACCAAAUGACGCGUUUGGAUCUAUAAACACACACAUAGAUCAGUGGACUGGGGGGUGUCCGUCUCUCGGCCUCACAGGCAGUGACACACGGUCCACUUUGGUGAUUGAGCUGCCCGGCUCCCAUUCCUCACCCUAUUCCAGCUGUGGUCCAGGCAAAUGCUUAAGAUGGUGCCCAGGAGAAGAUGGGGGGGAGCAUCUCGCCAUGGGGGCACCUUCCUGUGUAUAAGUUCCACCUGUUUGUCGCAGGGUGAACAGGAGAAAUGGAGGAAAUGUGAAACUGAACAUUAAUCUAUUUAUUAUUGUGCCUUGUAGUAAUUAUUAAAGUGCUAUUUAAGAAGACUAAUUUAUUUUAACAAUUUCUCCCUAAAUGGCUUUUAUCCAUUUAACUGACAUAAAGCGUGUCUGAAUAUAUGCAGAUAUUAGAAGUAUUUUGCUUGAUUAAUGUACCACAUUGAUAAUGAUAAUGAGUGCUGGUUGCUGACAAGUGCUGAGUGAAACACUUUAUCUAAAGUUGAGGUCAAAGAGCAACGUUGUGAGGUACUUGUGCUACUGUAAAACGUACAUUUACUUUUCCUGUCAAAUUAAGUCCAUAAGUUUUAUAACGGACAAUGUCAAACCGAAUUCAUAGCUAAGAUUUGUUUACGAUGCAAAUUUAAAUUGGAACUGUAUGGCUGUCUCUCAUUGUCAAUCAGAAAAUCACGUUGAAAACGAAAGACGUGUCGAGACUCCAUGUACCACAUGCGCUUUACCCAGUUUUGUAAAGCUGUGCUUCUGUUAACUUUUUACGUUUAUUGUACACUGUCAGGACUUUUUGUAAUACUUGAACUGUUUGUUGCAGAAAUAAAGAUACAAAAAAUAAAUACAAUGUUAUUUUAAGAGAA